AUGACAGACCCGAGCGCGAUCCCGAUUUGUAGAGAUCCUGGGCGGAGAGAAAAAAUAAAAGACCGGAAAUAUGUCUGUGAUAAAAGUUGCUUUAAAGAGAAUCUCUCAGUAGUCCUUGUUGAUUUAAAAGUCAAAGGCGCAAUUUUAAAGUGGGAAACAGAAAUUAGCAGAGUACGGAAAGACAUGUACAAUGACACAUUAAAUGGCAGUACAGAGAAAAGGAGUGCAGAAUUGCCUGAUGCUGUGGGACCUAUUGUUCAAUUACAAGAGAAACUUUAUGUGCCUGUAAAAGAAUACCCAGAUUUUAAUUUUGUAGGGAGAAUCCUUGGACCAAGAGGACUUACAGCUAAACAGCUUGAAGCAGAAACUGGAUGUAAAAUAAUGGUCCGAGGCAAAGGCUCAAUGAGGGAUAAAAAGAAGGAGGAGCAAAAUAGAGGCAAGCCCAAUUGGGAGCAUCUAAAUGAAGAUUUACAUGUACUUAUCACUGUGGAAGAUGCUCAGAACAGAGCAGAGAUCAAACUGAAAAGGGCAGUUGAAGAAGUGAAGAAAUUACUGGUACCUGCAGCAGAAGGAGAAGAUAGCCUGAAGAAGAUGCAGCUGAUGGAGCUUGCAAUUCUGAAUGGCACCUACAGAGAUGCCAACAUUAAAUCACCAGCCCUUGCCUUUUCUCUUGCAGCAACAGCCCAGGCUGCUCCAAGGAUCAUUACUGGGCCUGCACCUGUCCUUCCACCAGCUGCCCUUCGUACUCCCACGCCAGCUGGUCCUACCAUAAUGCCUUUGAUCAGACAAAUACAGACCGCCGUCAUGCCAAACGGAACUCCUCACCCCACUGCUGCAAUAGUCCCUCCAGGGCCCGAGGCAGGGUUAAUCUACACACCUUAUGAAUACCCCUACACGCUGGCACCAGCUACAUCGAUCCUUGAGUAUCCUAUUGAACCCAGUGGUGUAUUAGGUGCGGUGGCUACUAAAGUUCGAAGGCACGAUAUGCGUGUCCAUCCUUACCAAAGGAUUGUGACCGCAGACCGAGCCGCCACCGGCAACUAACCUAUGACCUUCUGACCUCUGAACUCUUCACCCAAUGAUGACCUGACCAUGCCUGCCUGCUGAUCAGUUAACUGGUAAUCGCCUUUGCUUGCCUGUCGUCAGUGCAGCGAGCUGAGGCACUUGUCCGUUCGUCUUACCAUCUAACCAAACAAAAGACAAAGAAAUUGUUCUCCAACUCAGCUUUUUUUUCCCCUGUUUGGGUGAAAGUGGUUCUAGCACCUGCACUGAAUAGUAGUAAAGCAAUAAGGCCCAACUCAUCCCACAGCACUGAUCAUCUCUCAGUAUCCCACCCUAAGCGAACGGUAAGAAGGCCUCUCUUAAGAAGGGAGACAUGGCCCUUAACUACUCGAUGACAGAGGCAGUUACUGUGAGAGACUUCUAGGAAUCUUUUUCUUCUCAUAGCAAAGUCAAAGCUCUCUGAAUGUACUGUGUGAUGAUACAUCAUGCAUGAACCUUUGGUCAGGGAUGUCAUUGGUGAAGUGAUUUCAAAAAGUAUUCAAAAUUUGAUAUGCUGUUUAGUCACUACAGUGCCCUCAAAGGGCAAAAGUUGCAGCCUUUUUUAUAUUGCCUGCCAAAAUUUGAAGUAUUAGAAAAGUGUGCCAUGAGAAAAAAACAAGGAGUUUUGAAAAGUAAUGCAAAGAACAAACUGCAACACUAUUUUUGAAAAGAUGAAUAUCUGAGUAAAAAUUAAACUUUAUUUUACACCUCCUUAAAAAUAUAUAUGAGAACAAGGUACAUGCAUUAUGUGUCACAUUACUGGGCAAACUGUUCAAAUAUUUUUUUUAAACCUCCCUGUAUAGAAAAAAAUCAUUAAGGAUGUAAAAGCCAUGCUUGCCUAUUUGCUGUAUACAUGUAAUGAAAUUGUAGAUAAAGUGUAGUGCAUUGAAACAAAUGAACAAAAAGUAGAUACUUUUACUAUACAAGGGUGCUGGUGCAGAAAAAAAUAUAUAUAUUUUUGGAAAUGUAGCAUUUUAUACUUUCAAGUGUUAUAAAAAAAGAAAAAGAACAAAGAAACCCUUUAUUUCAUUAAAUGAUUUU